AUGUCCGGUCCCUUAGAACUACCACUUUUCCCUUCUUGCUACGACUGUCUCUCGUGGUCGGAAGAUGGGGAGCUCGCGAUCGCCGCUGGAGACUACAUCCAAAUCUUAACCCCGAAAAAUGCAGCUGAACGAUUGGGACAUGACCCAAACCAAUCCCCCAUAAAUAAUUGGCAUUCAGCUCGCUUCCGUGUCAAUGUAUUCACGAACAAUGAGUGGCCUACGAUCUAUCCCCAGAAUCGGGAUAAUUUCUCUCUCGGGGCCGAACAGUCCCUCAGCAACGUAGUAGCAUUGGCCUGGUCCCCUCCAGGACUGGCAAAAUAUCGACGUUGUGUCCUCGCUGUUCUGACAUCUAACUUACUGUUGUCGCUGUAUGAGCCUGUCGGUUCUCAGGGAAAGUGGACUCGGGUUGCCAUACUCAAUGACUCCUUAAAGGCUCAUUUCAACCCCAUUGUCAAGGAGGAUGGCAUGCUAUUGCGGAAAUCUAACAUUCGUUCUUUCGCGUGGUCUCCGCCGCUUAAACUGCCAGCCGAAACGCAUACCGCAGCUUCUUACUCUGUCCUACCUGCUGAGAGUCGCUGGGGCUUUCACCUGCUCUCAAUCGCGAAUGAUGACAACGAUGUUGUUGUGCUGAGAAUUCACAGGCCAUCAACAGAUCUCAGUGCGCCAUAUGAAGCCGGAGUUAUGUCGGUCAACUCCUUUAGUGAUACAGAUGGGAAUUAUCCGAAGCUGCAACCAUCGUCUAUUUUUUCCGAAAUUUUGAAAUCGAAAAUUAAGAUUCUGUCCAUGUCGUGGGGCCCAUGGUUUUAUGCAAAAAAUUCCGCGAGUGGGCUUCUCGCUGUCACUCAUGGAACUGCUCUUAAGGUGAUUCACUUGGAUGUGAAUGUUCUGUCUCAAGCCCCCGAGACAAGCGCAGAGCCGCAAAAGCAAAUCGAAGCGAGUUCCAAAGACAUUACUCCAAAAUUCUACGAAGGCUUAGGGGGAUAUCACUUUGCCGGGCCAUUGGCGUGGCUGAGUACGGACGACUCUCAUACUGUCUGUCUGGCUGCGGGUACUCUGGCAGGGCUCAUAUUGAUAAAGGCCUCUAAAGAGCCUCAUCAAGGCAUACAUCCAAGCUCCGGCCGAGUGCGGCUGCAAGAAUUGUUAUUCUACGAAAGUCCGGAAAAUGACAGCGAAACGGAACCUCCUAGGCACUCAGAGCCAAUAUCCGCCGGAGGAUUCACGGCAGCAGUACCUUUCCGGGAUGGCGAUGAUGAAUACCCGAUUUAUGCCGUCCCAUGGAAAGACCAGCUCGAUGAUGUGCGCGAAAGGUAUGACUUUGACCGCGAUCUUGGAGGCCUAGCCGUUGCUCGAGCUUGGGGUAUGGCUUCUUGCAAGGGAAUGAUCGCAGCUGGUAUUACCGUACACCCAGGGGAUAUGAUUGAGUAUCGCACAGCAGCGGAGGAAAGGUUAACAAUCAUCAUGUCGACAGCCGAUGGUUCUCAAUCUGACGGAUUGGAUUCUCGGUCGGUGUCGGACAGCUCUCCCGAAUAUCUCCGCCAGCAGCGAGAGGCUGCCUUGGGAUACAUCCUACACUUCGAAGACAAUAACGAGAACAGACAACCGCUGUCUUUGAGCAUACUUUACGCAACGGCCUGCUGCACCAUCAUUGAAUCCAGGAAUGAGGCUUUACUGUCCCAAGCUCACAAGGUCUUAGUAAGGCUGGCAACUAUCACGGGUGUAGAUCUGAACGAAGAGCUCUCGAAGUGUUCGACAUCUAGACCUAAGAUUGGCCACAAGCCUGCCGAGAUGCUUGAUGGGCCUGGUGGCCAGAUGUUUGAGCGAUGCGAGAUCUGCAGCGCUGGGAUCUCAUGGUACUCAGCUGAGGAGGCCCAAUGUGCCACAGGCCACGUCUUUGGACCCCGGAUCUUCCAAAGUCUGCUCGUCGUGUGGAAAGGAAUAUCUGAAUGA